GAUUUUGAAAAAGAGUGUGGCCUUUGCUGUGCAAGCCUGUCCCAUGCUGCUCCCUCCUCUCAGGGGAUGGCCGAGGUCCAGGAUGGACACACAUACGCAUGUGACAGCUCUGCGAUGUUAGAGGAGAGCCAGGAUGGUAUGGACAGUGGUACCCUAAGUCCUGCCACAGCUAGACAAGUCACCAUCCAGCGGCACCCUACUCAAGGCUUCGGCUUCAUUGCAGGCAGCCAGAGGCCCGUCAUUGUACGCUCCGUCUCUGCUGACGGCCCUUCCUUUGGUAAGCUUCUCCCUGGAGAUCAGAUCUUGGCCAUUAACGAGGAGACGGUGAGCGACGCGCCCCGAGAGAGAGUCAUAGACCUUGUAAGACGCUGCAAAGACAUUAUUGUUCUCACUGUGCUGCAGCCUCAUCAGUCACCUAAAUCUGCCUUCAUAAGUGCAGCCAAAAAGGCGCGUCUGCGAACUAACCCGCCUAAAGUGCGCUUUUCAGAGCAAGUGUCCAUCAGUGAUCCAGACUCAACAAUGCUGAAGGACGACUCCUUGCUACUCAUACCUAAUGUGCUGAAGGUGUUUCUGGAGAAUGGACAAAUCAAGUCCUUUACCUUUGAUAGCCGUACAACUGUGAGGGAUGUGAUCUCCUCCCUGCAGGACCGCCUCUCACUGCGCUACAUUGAGCACUUUGCCUUGGUGCUGGAAGCAGGCGGUCUUGACCAGAGUCAAAAGUUACUUCUGCUGCAGGAGAACCAACCCCUGACGCACGUGGUGCACAGAACAUAUUUCCAAGGAAUGAAGUGUCUAUUUCGCAUUUGCUUCUUCCCUAAGGACCCAGCAGACCUGCUGAGACGGGACCCUGCAGCAUUUGAAUACCUCUACAUUCAGAAUCGCAAUGAUGUUAUCAAGGAACGCUUUGGCAUGGACUGGAAAUCUGACAUCACGUUAAGAUUGGCCGCUCUACAUAUCUACAUCACUGUGUCCUCAGCAAGGCCCAAUCAGAAAAUCUCUCUCAAGCACGUAGAAAAGGAAUGGGGUCUUGAGCCUUUUCUACCACUCACUCUGCUCCCAACCGUCAAAGAGAAGAAUGUUUGCAAGAUUCUGUCACAGUUGUUGAAGACCUAUCAGCAUCCGCCACCAUCAGGCAACAAGGUCCCACCUCUCCAAGGAAAGCUGCAAUACUUGCGUGUCCUCAAUGACCUCCCACCUUUUGGAGGAAUACUGUUCAACACGGUUGGACUGGAUGAAAAACAAUCAGCCACAACACUGCUGGUGGGUCCUCGACAUGGCAUCAGUCACGUGAUUGACCUGAAAAACAACCUGACAACAGUUCUGACUGAGUUCAGUAGGAUAUCAAAGAUCCAGCUCUAUCGAGAAAGCCAAGGAGUAGCGCGUGUAGAGGUGUCAAUCCACGAGGGCAAGCCCCUAGUGCUACUCAUGGAAUGGCCAGAUGCCAGUAACUUUGCAUGUCUCAUCUCUGGCUACUACAAACUGUUUGUAGACCCAAAAAGGAACAUCUACUUCCGGAUCUCCGGUCAGUCUCAUCUGACCAAGACAGAUUACAGAAGCUCCCACCAUUCACACCCACGUUCUGGGGCAACCGGCUUACCAAGUGGAGGGCGGAGAGGGGACGAGAGAGAAAGCUUGCACAGGGAGUCAGGGUCUUCAAGGGCCUUAGCAUCUGCAGAGUCUCAGCAUCUAGGUCUGUGCCAUUUCCACCUGCAAGAACAACAGUUUCAGGAGCUCCAAGCACACUCAGAAGCUGAACUUGACAUCAAUGAGAACUUUAUUUCCCAGGAGGCCCCUGAGAGGCCCCGGACGAAGUCAGACCCCACGCAGCAAAGUACAGAAGAUGUAGCUAUGGUGUCAGUGAGUUCACCAGUCGAGAACGCCGGAUUCAGAAUCCGAGCCCAAACAGUGGCUCAAACUCAGAAAACACAACGGUACUACUGUGACUCAUGCAAAGACAGGCAGAGGACAGAUGAUUUGCCAACAACAGCGAACAGCAGUCGAACCGUGGGAAAAACCUGCUCGAGUGGUUGCGCUUCCAGAAAUGGGGGUGGCGUUGAUCUCAUAGCUCUGCCACCCCCUGGGAAUGAAGAGGACGAUGAGGAGGAACCCCCCCAAGGAGGAGAAAAGCUGCAACCACCACAACCUGCGAUUGCUGCCCCACCACCUGGCUUCAGAGAUAACAGCUCUGAUGAGGAUGACUCAAAGAGAGGGAGAAAAACUACCAGUGCCAAGACAGAUACCACCACUGUGAAACAGCGUCAUAUUAAGGAGGAAGUGCCUGUAACACUUAUUGAUAAUGUGGCCACGAGAACAGUCCGAGAUCAUGCACAGGAACUUGAUGAUGCUUUGGUAUCCACCUUACAAGCUUUAGAGGCUUUGGCAGCUUCUGAGGACUACCCCCAUCACCACCACCAGCCAACACAGACUGCAGGCCUUAUUGUCCUGGCAGCCAUUACACCGGAAUCGUCGUUGGAUUCGGGCCAUGAGACUAAUUCUUCUGAACUGACAGACGUUUCUGAGAUGGUCUCAGCAAUGAAGCAAAACCAAAACCAAGCCUACCUGUUAGCACACCAUAUCAACAAGGACAGCCGCAUCUGCCGCCGUGAUUUUCCCUUGGCUAUCCCUGGCUGCACAGCAAAGACUAUAGGGACAGGGGCUUUUUCUGUGGGUCAGAUCCGCGCUGGAUGUCCACCAAAGCAAGUAAUCCUAAGUAAGACCAUUCCGUUUAAAGUCAGCCCCAGCCAAGACUCUGGGAUUGUCAGUGUUAUGACAGAGCAGAGAAGCAAUCAAGGUUCCAGUCCGAAUGAACAGACAAUGGAAGUGAAAGAAAGCGGUGCUUCUACUAAAGCAAACAUACCUGAUCCCCUAGCUAAAACCCCCGAAGAACUUGACGUGUCUGAUAUUCAUCCUUCAGCUUCAGUCCCUAAAGAGCCAAAGUUAUCCAGUGCUUCAGGGGAGACACAGAGGCUAAAUCUUCUCAAUGGUGUGAAGGAAAAGUCAAUACCACCUCUGAAUACAGACAAAGCCUUAUCUGUUCUCCUACCCAAGGACAGAACUGUCUCAGCCAAAAUUCCCCAAACUAAUAUGUGCCAAGAUGCCGAGACUGCCUCUAGAGAGACCAUGAAGCCUUCAAGCUCGACAGAAUUUCUACCAGUCGAUGAUCUGUUCUGCACAUGCCCAAUGCAAAAGGAACCUGGGACCCAGUUAAGAAUUCAAGAUCCGCAGGUUCAAAAGGUAGUGGUGUUUCAGACAUCAUCUCCUACAGAUGAUGAGCGUCUUCGAGCUAAAGGCCUCUUUAUAGCUAGCAGCAAAGAAAACACAGGAAGAAUAGGAAAAGACUGUAGUUCGGCAAAACCUAGUACAACAGUAGAAACCAAGUACUCCCCUCAUUUGCCUCUAACAAUGGACAAAAAAGAAGGGGCUGAGAGCAAGCUAGAUGCGGCCUUUGGCAAAUCUCAUUCUGAAUCACAGAUAUGUUCGACAAAAUCAUUACCCAACUUAGAAGAUAAAACACAAAACCCUUCUUUAGAGAGAGUACCUACUCUAGUAACUAACGAUUCAAAGAAAUUGGGCAGUGUAAAGGGGAAAUCCCAGCGCACUGCCCCUUUUAUGAGCAUUAGAAAUUUACUUUCAGCGACAUUCCCAGCAAGAAUGAGAAGGGAAACAGAUGAGCGAAGGGCUCAGCUGCAAAAAGUUCGCCAGUAUGAGCUGGAGUUCUUAGAGGAGCUGCUGAAACCCAAGUCCUCACAAGGAGAAUUUUUGCCUCAAGGAUCCUCACCUGUACCUUCUGGGACUCCUUGUGCCUGCCAACUACGCACCAGCCCUGUCCUAAAAGCACCAGGUAUCUCCAGGGAACAGCGACGUAGUUGUGACUGUAAGAGAAUGUGUAGGGGUGUGAGACUACCUGAUACACCAGUUGGCUCUGCGACAGAAACACAAAAUAGAGGCAGGGAGAGAACUACCACAAAAACCCCUCCAACAGUCUCUAAAGCCUCUAACAGUGAAGGUCCUACAAGACAAAGUCAGAAUUUAGAAGUGAAGACUGCACGAAUACGUUCCAUCAGCCUUGAGUCGAGGGAGCCAAGGGGAGAGCAGGGCACCUCCUUGCCCACCUGUACCUCACAAACAAACUAUGUGGAAACACCACAAAAUAAGAAACUCCAAAGGCGAUACAGCAUUGGAGAGCUGGAUAACAAUACUAAUACACCUGUUUAUGCAGAGGUAAAGCCCAAAACCAAGAGUCUAGAGAAAGAAAUGGAGCGAGUUCGAGCUACGGGAUUAAGGUUGCCAACCCCGGUGGAGCCAGUUCAUACACAGUCUCUUCAGGCAGAAGGAAAGGGGAAAAAAGGUGUAUUUUAUAUACAGAGCAAUGAGUUACUGAGUGAAAGCAAAGAAGAGAGUGGGGAGGUUCUGCUGACGUUGCCUAGUGAAGACAGUGAAGAUAAGGAUAGGUGUUGUUCUUUCUGUUUCUGCUACCGGAAGUGUGAGGCAGCAGAUGAGAGCAGUGAGAAGGACGAACUAUCAUACUCAAUUCCCCUUCAGGUUCUUCCAGGCAUGGAGCUGGACUCAAGCACAUUUCCUGUUGUCAGCAAAACCCUGCAAGUUCUUAAUGCAGAAGAGUGCAGUGGAGAGGAAGAAACAGAGAAAGAGCCACAGGCACAAGAGAUUGACCUAAGAGCUUGCGGCACACUGGAGGGCAGCCUGGCACGGGUCGAGGCUCUACAGGGGAAAUCAUUCAGCUUGCCUGAUGGCUUCCUAAACGCCCAGUUGGAUGCUAACGAGUUACUCGCCAUCCUGCGUCAGUGUGCUAACAGCCCGCAAGCCGAGGGUGAGGCUCGUCUUCAGGCCUCACGGAUUGCAGAGUACAAGCAGGAGCUGGCAGUGCGCUUCAAAGAAUUCCGAGCAUCCUGUCGGCGAGUGGCCAGCGUGGAAAAAAGCCCUACUUGUAUGCUUGCUGUUGUCACAGCCAGCUUUCAAGUGCUGUGCGAUUUAACUCAGACCUUCAUCAAACUGGUCAGAGGGGUUCGCACAGAGACUCAAAGACAACAGCUAUUAAGAAAAGUUGAGGAAGUAGCUAUAAACUACACAUUGCUCCUUCGCGCAGCAGAAGAAUCGAUGGGACAUUCAAGCAGCCUCCCGACAAAAACAGUUAGCCCUCAAGUGUCCUCCGACACCAAUAACAUGAGCUCACUCACUCGACCCAUCAAAGUCCUUCCAGCCAAGUAA